CCUAUGAGAAAGAACUCGCCCGCGGUUCGAACUUGUUGCUGCUUGACUCGCGGUUAUUGACUGACAAACGCUUAUGUCGCUGGCAACUGGACGUCGUAACAAGCUGUGGCCAGUGAGGUGUCUCUGUAUCAGUCCGUGUUGUGAAGUUUGAUCCGUGUUACUUUAAAGUUGCAAAGUUUGUUAGAGGGAGGACGCUGUUGAGUUGGCAGUCAGCUGACAGGUCGGUUCAAGGAUUGUGCGGGGCUUGAAGACUCCAAAGACUCCGAGGGAUUUUGCGACCGGCUCAAAGUCCGGUCUCAUGCGAGAAAGAACUAAUUCAUCGCUAUUUUUCUGUGUCGGGAUAUAGGAAGCUCCUCUGUUCUGUUGGUGAAGUUCGCUCCGUAAACAAUGUACGGCUUCAUUCACUGCGCCCUGGAGGACCUGGUAACCAAGAAAUUUGGAGCAGAAACAUGGAAAAUGCUGCUAGAGAAGUCCGGUAUCACGAUGCACGGAGCUUCAUUCUUGAUGCACAAAGUGUACACGGACGAUAUGACCCUCAAGCUCGUCGGAGCUGCGUGCGAAGUGCUUGGUCUGGACCUGGAUACCUGUCUCGAAGCAUUCGGGGAGCAUUUCCUGUACUUCUGCCAGCAACACGGCUACGACCACAUCUUGCGCGUCUUGGGAUCAAACAUGGCGGAUUUUCUCACCAACCUGGACAACCUGCACGACCAUUUAGCCUCAACUUAUCCGGGAAUGCGGGCCCCAUCUUUUCGAGUGAUGCCGGGCCCGAACGGGGAAAUUCUACUUCACUACUACAGCGAUCGCAAAGCUCUCCAUCCCAUCGUGCUGGGAAUUGUCAAAGUGGUCGGAAAAGAGUUCUUCGGCACCGAAGUGACGGCAAAAAUAUCCGAGGUCUCCGAAUUCGGAGACAGAGCGCACGUCAUCCUGGAAAUAACGGAGGCCAAUAAGGAGGGGAAGAGCAAUUUGCUUCCCAGCACUGCAGCGGACACAUUAAGCAACCGUCCCGACGACCUUCCCAUCGGUGUGAAGACGAUGUGUGCUGCCUUCCCUUUCCACGUGGUAUUCACGAAAAACUUCUCCAUCGUUCAAGCCGGCAAAGGAUUACUACGAAUCACCAGUCACCUCUGGAGGCAGGCGAAAAGAGGAAAACCACUCAAAUUCAACGACCUGUUCGAAAUUACGCGACCAGUCAUCGACUGCACUUUCGAGUCGAUAAGAAGUUACUGCAAUCAGGUGUUCGUCAUACAAACCAGAGAGAACGUCUUGCAGCCCGAACAAGGACCUCACCCGAACGGCGUCCAGGACCUGGAACUUGGACUUCCUCUCCUGCGACUCAAGGGACAAAUGGUUCCCGUGGACGAGACCAACUGCAUUUUGUUCCUGUGCUCCCCGAGAGUCAAGGAUAUUGACGACAUGCAGAGGAUCGGACUUUACUUCAGCGAUCUCGCAAUCCACGACCCGGCGAGGGAACUUUUCCUGCGAUCCCAUCACCACAGAGGGGAAAGGGAAUUGGUGGAGAAGCUAGAUGAAGCGACCAAUCGUCUAAAGAUGCUGCAAUCGAAGCUGGAUGAAGAUAAGAAAAUUACGGAGGACUUGCUCCAUUCGAUUCUUCCUUCGAAGGUAGCCAAACUGCUGUGUCAGAACCUGCCUGUGCCUGCAGAAAAAUUCGAGACUGUUUCCUGCCUCUUUUCGGAUAUUGUGGGCUUCACCAACAUGUGUGGCAGCUGCGCCCCCAUGGACAUCGUCAGGCUCCUCAACAAGCUCUACUUGCAGUUUGAUCAUCUCAGUGGAAUACACGGCGUCUACAAGGUGGAAACCAUCGGCGAUGCGUAUGUGGUUGUCGCCGGCGUCCCAGAGCACGUGGAUGACCAUGCAGACAGACUCAUCAGUAUGGGCCUCGACAUGGUGGCAGCUACUGAUACGGUACAGAAUCCUGUGACAGGAGGAUCCAUAAAAAUGCGGAUCGGAAUCCACACGGGAUACGUGACAGCCGGAGUCGUGGGAAUGACGAUGCCACGAUACUGCCUCUUCGGUAACACUGUCACAGUGGCAAACAAGACGGAAAGCUUAUCAAAGCCAUCCAGAGUCAACAUCACAGAAGUCACUAAAAGUCACCUGAUAAGGCACGACUAUGCGUUUGAAGAGAACCUGGACAUAGGAGACUUCCCGCACAAAUGCUUUCUGGUGGACAUCGUGUCGGACCGCAGAAAUAACAGGCUCGUUGGUAGGACGCUCCUCAGAGAAACUGCAAAAGCCAGCGAAGAAGACAGUAUGCUCCUAUCCCCUUCCUCGUCGCCGGAGAGAAAGAAUACAAACCGUGCCUCCACUUCAUUUGAACCUCAGAUCGAAGAGGAGUUCAGCGGCAACGCCGAAGCCCCAACCCAGGCAGCCUUACUCCCGAAGGAACCUGACCGCUCGCCGCUGUUCCAACCCCGCAACGCCAUCGAUGCCACCGCGCAAUUUGCCGCUACCAACAACACUUCGCCGGAAGAACAGGAACAUGCCUCCACAAAGGCCUCGUUUCUCAACGUCAAAUGGCGGGCAUCGCAGGCCGCCCGCCAGAAAAGCAAGAAUGACAAGAAAAACGGAUCUUUCGAGAACGCCGACUCGGAACCACAAUCGGCACGCGAAUCCUCUUUAGAACUGAGUCGACUUCAGCAGGAGAGUCCCGAACCCAAGCCGUCCCGCUUACAAUGCCCUUUCUUCAGAUUUCGAUCAAAGACCACGACAGAGGAACCGGGCCACCCUUCGAACUCCAAGGUAAUCCCUGUCGUAGCAGCAGUUCCGCAAGUACAAGAAGUGAAGAAGAACGAUGGCAAAAAGAAGGAGAAGUUCUGGUCCAGAGUCAUAUUUCCUUCCUGAGUUCCCGACCGUCUGCUUCUGCGUGCGACUUCAAUCCACAAGGGCUAGCCAGAAACCCAAAGAGCUGUUCACCUACCCGUCGCCAGCAUCAAGUGCCAGCCUUUGUACAUGUAGAUAAGCAUCCGUAUCGGAACACGGUACCAUGCCUCCAAGAGCACCAGUGUUUCAAAAUGGAACCGCAGCAGGUUUCAAGUAUGCCGCACAAGAUCAAGCUAUUUCUCCUACAAAAAUACACGAAAGAGGAAGAAAAAAAAAGUGACUGCACACAAGGUUUUGCUCGGUACGUUUCUCGCGCGAGAGCUGUUACUGUUCCCCUUUGUUGAUGCACACAGAUGCCGUUUUUGUGAUGUUUAUCCAAGGAAAGAGUCAAUAAAAAUACGUCGCGUU